GGGUUUGUAUUAUUUAUUGUAUUUUCAGCUGAACGUGAUGGCUUGACGCAUCAAAUAGUUAUUUGUAUGUUGUUUCGUGAGCCUCUUUUGAGUUCGUCGCUAUUAGCAUCAAGUAGCUAUAAGCUCAUGAAGUGUGAAACUUGAGUACAGUGAAAGUAAAUAUUUAGCUUGUUCAAAAUGUUAUUACCAGGCAAUCGGAAGAACAUGUUGAUGCUGUCAGCUGGAACUUUAUUUGGUUUGGCUAUUAUGUCGGUUGCCGUGAUUUUUGUACUACACGAACACGAGUUAUUCCCGGAAUCGGUCGGGGCAGUGGCAUCCAACGCUUUCGAGUGUGCCGCAAUAGGAGGGCAAAUUCUUCGGGAAGAAGGUUCGGCUGCGGACGCUGCUAUAGCAAUGAUGAUCUGUGAGGAAGUAGCCUGUCCGGAGAGUGCGGGAAUUGGCGGUGGUUUCUUGCUAACACUCUACGAACGUCAGUCACAGACGGUGAGGGUGUUGGAUGCUCGAGAAAUCGCUGCUCGUGGUGUUUGGCAGGAUAUGUUCGUUAAUAAUGGAAACGCCACUGCUCACGGCGGUUUGGCGAUUGCUACGCCUGGUGCUUUGAAGGGUUAUUGGGUGUUGCAUCAGCGUUACGGAAAACUUUCCUGGCGGAGACUGCUAGAUCCAACAAUAGUGCUCUGCUACCGAGGACAUAUUGUGAACCCUUAUAUGGCGGAAGCGUUGCAGGAUGCGAGAGAGGAUAUUUUGAACAGCCCUUCAUUGAGGGAGAUUUUUGUUGAUGCUGAUACUGGAGAUGUAUGGAAAGAAGGGGAUCGAAUCAGAAGGCCAGACUUUGCCCAUACGCUUGAGAUUAUUGCUGAAGAAGGGGCGAAUGCAUUGUACUCGAAAGGAGGCACUCUGCUUCCUAUGCUAAUGCAGGACUUGAAAUUGUUUGGAAGCCUAAUUACAGAAGAUGACUUUUACAGUUAUGAGCCACGAUGGCUCACUCCUGUUUCAACAGAACUCCAGGAAAACAUUGUCUACAGUGCUGCUCUACCUGGAGGCGGCACCAUCUUAGUUCAUAUGUUGAAUGUGCUCGCUGGAUAUGAUGACCUUGAUUUAGACGAUCCCAAGACGUGGCACCGGUUAGUGGAAACAUUCAAGCACGCUUACGGAGUUCGAACACGGUUAGGUGAUCCCCCUUUCGUAACUGGCAUCGAGGAAUUGAUACGAAAUCUCACUAGUCUCGAUUAUGCUGACUACAUUCGUGAUAAGAUCGAUGAUUAUCGUACCUACACAGACUAUAAGUUUUACGGAGCAGACUUCACGACAUCAGAGGAUCACGGAACGGCACACGUUUCGGUGCUGGCACCCAACGGAGAUGCUGUAUCUGUCACCAGUACUAUUAACGAUUAUUUCGGAGCCCAUCUACUGUCCAUGCGAACGGGCAUUAUUUUGAACGGAGAAAUGGAUGACUUUUCAACACCGGGUGUUAUAAAUAUAUUUGGAGUUCCGGCAUCACCCGCGAACUACAUUGCACCGGGUAAGCGUCCGUUGUCAUCAAUGGCUCCGACGAUUGUUGUCGAUCAAGAGGGAAACGUUCGAUUGAUUGUUGGUGGAGCUGGUGGAACCAGAAUUACUACCGCUACUCUACAACUAGUGCUACGGAAGGUACUAUUCGACCAGGAGUUGUCAACGCUAAUGGCAGCUCCGCGAGUGCAUCAUCAGCUGGCCCCGAUGGAGGUAGAGUUCGAAGAAUCGGUGGAGAAAUCGAUCAUCGAAGGUCUAACCGCUCGAGGUCAUCGGACGACGAAAGUUGAGCGGGUCGCGACGACUACCGCGGUUGCGAGGGAGAGUGACGGUAGGGUGACAGCUGCCUAUGAUCCACGGCGACCGGGAAGUGUGGAAAUUGUGGAACUAGACUAGGUUAAAUGGUAACUAGAUUGAAUUUAAAUUGCAACCAAAGAAUUUUUGCAUGGCUUCAUCUCAAACACUGGUUAGCUUGUAAAUAUUUUCGUCCAUAUUUAUACUGGCAACUAGGUUCUAACACAAAAAUUCGUCGCAUCGAACGGUGAUCAGCGGUGCAUGAAUCUAUUUGAAUAGUAACCAGCUGUUAUAGGCUUAGUUGCUUCAUAAACCAUGCUGUUUCCUGUUGACGUGAGACAACUAUGUCAUAACUGCAAUACAGCUCUAGUUCAAUAGUAUCUCAGUUCAGUUUGGCGGUAUACAUAAAUUACGUAACGGUCAUACAUGGGAGGGAGAUAUCCUUGAGCAUUACGAUUUGUUACACAGGGGAGGAAGGGAGGUGAGUUCAGCGUUACGUAACAAAAAAUCUCUGGAGAGACUCUUCAAAAACGAGUAUUUUUAUCAAGGAAAUCCUUCUGCAGCGUUACGUAAUUUUUAUGGGGGGAUAGGUGUUGGUGUUACGUUUCGUUACAUAUGGGGGGUGGGGUUCCAAAAAUCAGGUUUUUUGCGUUACGUAUUUUAUGGAUGUCGCCUUAUCUCUGUUGUUUUAAAAGUUAUGCAACACACAUGCACAUACAGAUUAUGUUUACCACAUAUGAAGAGAUAGACACCAGCCGAAAUAAAAAGUAUCAUGUAUCUUUUUCUA